AAAAAGCAGAGCAGAGUCACUCCCCGCUGUUGCAAAAGAUGGAGAACGGAACCGAAGGCAAGAACUUCUACAUCCCUAUGAACAACAGGACGGGGCUUGUGAGGGACCCCUUUCACUAUCCACAGUACUAUCUGGCGGAUCCAUGGUUCUUCAAGCUCCUGGCUCUUUUCAUGUUCUUCCUCAUCUGCACUGGCUUCCCCAUCAACGCUCUCACCCUGCUGGUCACUGCCCAGAACAAGAAGCUACGACAGCCGCUGAAUUUCAUCCUGGUUAAUCUGGCAGUUGCUGGACUGAUCAUGGUGUUGUUUGGCUUCACUGUCACCUUUUAUUCUUCACUGAAUGGACACUUCGCCUUGGGACCAAUGAGCUGCACUAUUGAAGGAUUCAUGGCAACACUUGGAGGGCAGGUGUCCCUGUGGUCUCUAGUCGUCCUGGCCAUUGAGAGAUAUAUUGUGGUUUGCAAACCCAUGGGCAGCUUCAAGUUCACAGCCACUCACGCUUCUGCUGGCUGUGCCUUCACCUGGAUCAUGGCGUGUGCCUGUGCUGUUCCACCUCUUGUUGGCUGGUCAAGGUACAUCCCAGAGGGGGUUCAGGUGUCGUGCGGACCGGACUACUACACUCUGGCUCCUGGCUUCAACAACGAGUCAUACGUCAUGUACAUGUUCUCAUGCCACUUCUGCUUCCCUGUCUUCACCAUCUUUUUCACCUAUGGAAACUUAGUCUGCACUGUCAAGGCGGCUGCUGCUCAGCAGCAGGACUCAGCUUCCACUCAGAAGGCUGAGAAGGAGGUGACACGCAUGUGCGUCCUGAUGGUGCUUGGAUUCCUGGUGGCUUGGACGCCAUAUGCCAGCUUUGCUGCCUGGAUCUUCUUCAACAAAGGCGCUGCGUUCUCUGCCACAGCCAUGGCCGUCCCGGCUUUCUUCUCCAAGAGCUCUGCCUUGUUCAACCCCAUCAUCUACGUGCUCAUGAACAAACAGUUCCGUAACUGCAUGCUGAGCACUGUUGGAAUGGGAGGAAUGGUGGACGAUGAGACCUCAGUGUCGUCCUCAAGCAAGACAGAAGUUUCCUCUGUCUCCUAAAACCUGGACGCACAUCAACAGCUCUCACGAAUAUCGCUCACGGACUUAUUGCAAAGGACAUUGGAAUCAGUUGUUUUCACUGACUAGCCAAACAUGGGUCUUAAUCCAGACUUGGAUAUAAGUUUUAUCUCAAAGCUACACAUUUCAGACCAGUGACGCACUGUUUUUUUUUUCCAAUCUUGACCAUCAACACUUGCUUCAGUCACAUGGUUUUAUAGAUCAUUUUUGAGGGGGUUGGAAACGAUUGUUCCUGUCUGAUUGUACAUAUAUUUUAUAAAUGCUUGUGCAAAUGUAGGUAAAUAAAUGCAUGCAUCAAAAUG